ACAACCCAACCAAAUCCGAACGGACCAGACAACAACUCAAGUGGGGGUGUCUAGUGAGAAACAAACCAACUCCAACCGCCCGUCAUCCUCCGCCGUCCCCUCCCCUCCCAGAAAAUGUCCUCCGCCGCCUCCUCCUCUUCCUCCUCCCUAUCUGCCUUCUCCACCGCUUCCCGCCACGGCCGCCGUCUUAUCCUGCGCACCCCCAAGACCCUUAACCUGCGCGCCCCUUCCUCAACUCCAAAGCCCCUCUCCAUCAGGGCCCACUCCUCCCCAUCCCCAUCCCCUCCCCUCACCCAGGACGACCUCAAGAAGAUCGCCGCCGACAAGGCCGUGGGCUUCGUACGCAGCGGCAUGGUCCUCGGCCUCGGCACCGGCUCCACCGCCGCCUUCGUCGUGGCCAAGCUCGGCCAACUCCUCAAGUCCGGCGAGCUGUCGGACAUCGUCGGGAUCCCGACGUCGAAGCGCACCGAGGAGCAGGCCCGGGGGCUCGGCAUCCCGCUCUCGGUCCUCGACGACCACCCGCGACUCGACCUGGCCAUCGACGGCGCCGACGAGGUGGACCCAGAUUUGAACCUGGUGAAGGGGAGGGGUGGGGCACUCCUGAGGGAGAAGAUGGUGGAGGCGGCGAGUGAGAAGUUCGUGGUGGUGGUGGAUGAGACCAAGCUGGUAAGUGGGCUUGGCGGGAGUAGAUUGGCAAUGCCGGUUGAGGUGGUGCAGUUCUGCUGGAAGUACAAUUUGGUAAAGCUUCAAGAAUUGUUCAAGGAAGAAGGCUGCGAGGCGAAGCUGAGGUUAAAUCGGGACGGGAAGCCCUACGUCACGGAUAAUUCAAAUUACAUUGUGGACUUGUACUUUGAAACUCCAAUCAAGGACAGCUUAGCUGCAGGAAAGGAGAUAUCGGCAUUCGAAGGGGUGGUCGAACACGGAUUGUUUCUCGACAUGGCAACAGUGGCGAUAAUUGCCGGAAAGAAUGGUGUAGAAGUAAAGUCCAAGUGAUUUUCCGUUGGGGAGGGUGAGCUUUGAAUUUGUGUCUUCGCUCACACUUCGUAAUUCUUAGAUGGCUACUUAAUUGAGUCCGACAAAUUUUGUAGUAUGUUCGCAGUUUUAAAGCUGCUAACUGGAUCAGAUCCUCCUUCAAAGGUGAAAAUUUUGAAAUAAUGGAGACAGACUGCUCGGACAAAUUGUUUCAAAGCAGUUUUUUUCCAUAUAUAAGAUUCCAGAAUGUACCCUCUGUCCUUUUCA